UGGUAAACCAUUAAAGCCUCGUCCCAUUUUCCCUAGGCUCUGCCUCGCCCUCUCUCUUCGAUCGUCCUGCAUUUUCUGUGGCUCCAAACUCGUUUCUUCCCCCAUCAAGCAGCGUAGAGCAAGCUACUGCUCAAGCAAAAUGCUUCGCGUUCGCUAUCCAAACCCACAGGUAAACGCUCCUGGCUCUCCCACAACUUCCCUCAUCCUGUGCUACGUCGACUGUAAAUCGACCAACAUCGCGAAUGUCGUAACUGUAACGCCGCCUCCGUCCCUAGGAGAGGCACCGUUCUGUGGAGCUUCACAAACUGCUAUCGGUCCUCAACAAUGUACCCCUGUGUCACCGCAGAUCUGUGAUUCAAAUGGGACGACAUUUCAAUGCGACCACCCAUUAUCAGCUUCCGCGACUCCAAUUACUUCCUCUCAGUCCUCGACUCCUAGCAGCCCAUCCAUCGCGGCAACCCCGACUUCCUCCAGCUCGAGCGCUGUUUUCACACCAUCUUCCGCAACAGUCGCCUCGACACCAUUUUUCGCAUUCACGUCCAGCUCAAUCGGAGCCUCUUCUAGUUCAAGCGAAACCUCAUCCAGCUCAAGCGAAGCCUCGUCCAGCUCCCUCUCUUUCGCUACGACGGCUGGAAGCGGCAAUAUCACCUCCUCAAGCAACACACCUAAGCCUGCAAAGUCGCAUGUCGGAAAAUCCAGUGGCAUAACAGGCGGCGCAGCAGCCGGCAUAGCCAUCGGUUGCCUCAUCGCUGGCGCCGCAAUCGCAGCCUUGGUGUUCUUUUUCCUCUUCAAGCGGUACAAGAAGCGACAGCAAGCACAGUCCGCCGCCUACAACAAUCACCUUGGGCCCUACAACGGUGCAGCAGCUGCCACAUCCGCUGAGAAGUCUGUUCCAAUUGCCACUGCCACCGCCGUCUCGCAGAUCGAUGCCCUGCUCCCGCAACCCGCUGAAGACGACGCCAUCACCGGCGAGCUGUCCCGCUUGCGCGACAAGAUCAAGAACCAUGCCCUGACGUUCUACCACACGGCGGCGGUUGAUCCGGUAAUGGUGGAUGAGUCCGAGUUUCAGGAUGUGGCGAGAGUUACUGGGAUCCGGAGCAUGACGCUCUGCGAUAUGUUGCUGAACCCUCAGACCCGUAUCGCGACGAUCAGGUUGUUCUUGAGCUAUGCCAUUCUCUCUCGAUGCGGAGGGCAAGGCGGAGCGGGAGCCUCGCUGUUGCCACCUGAAGUUGGGCUUUUCGCCGACACGCUCGCUGGAACUGAUGGAUCGAACGCUGGCCAACUCGCCCUCAAGAGUAAAUGGCACUCCAUCUCGGGUACCCUCCUUGCCUCCCGCUAUAACAGCACCACGAUCAGUGAUUCCGACACGCGCAGCCACAGCAUCGCAGCCACCAUCACAGCCGUAGACGGUGUGCUCCGCCCCUUCGUGAACUCGCAUCAGGACGACGCUCAGCGCAUCCGCAACCUGCAAGGCGUCAUACAGCGAGCAGCAUCUUUUGCAUUCCUGCUCUUCUCGCAGCCCAGCACAUUCGUAUUCCAGUGGUCUGCGCAUGGCAAGCUCGCGGUCUUCCCAGCCUUGCUCCAGACGAGCGACGAGAACGCACGUGUGCUGGAUCCGCCACGCGUAUUUGCGAAUAUGGAGACGGCUUGAUGGGCGUAAUUCCCCCCGAACGGCAUGAUGAGUAGUAAUGCAUGAUUGGCUAUGUAGCAGCGUGCAUGUCUUGAUCGAAUAUGAACAACUUUUGCUUUUUUGCUGAGACCUGGCCCAUUGAACGUGAUGUCCAGAUCGAGGAAUCCCGUCCAGUUCGUCCCCGGCGAUAUG